UCCUGCCCGGCCACUAAAGCAGACAUGCUGAAUGUCCACUUGAUCCCUCACACGCACAACGAUGUGGGCUGGCUGAAAACAGUGGAUCAGUAUUUUUAUGGAGCGCGCAACGACAUCCAGCACGCCGGUGUGCAGUACAUCUUGGACUCCGUCAUCCCCCAGCUCCUGGCCGACCCCACCAAGCGCUUUAUCUACGUCGAGGUGGCCUUCUUCUACCGCUGGUGGCGGCUGCAGGCGGAGUCCACGCGGCAGGCGGUGAGGCAGCUGGUCAGCGAGGGGCGGCUGGAAUUUAUCAACGGCGGCUGGUGCAUGAACGACGAGGCGGCCGCCCACUACAACGCCAUGAUCGACCAGAUGACGCUGGGGCUGCGCUUCCUACAGGAGACCUUCGGGGAGUGUGGCCGGCCUCGCGCCGCCUGGCACAUCGACCCCUUCGGCCACUCCCGAGAGCAGGCCUCCCUCUUCGCUCAGAUGGGCUUCGAUGGCUUCUUUUUCGGCCGUCUGGAUUACCAGGACAAAGCCAACCGGGAGCAGCUGCGGGAGAUGGAGCAGAUCUGGAGAGCGAGCGCCAGCCUGCAGCCACCCGGCGCCGACCUCUUCACCGGUGUCCUCCCCAACGGCUACAACCCGCCCCUGUCCCUCUGCUGGGAUCAGUUCUGCUCUGACAGCCCCAUCGUGGACGAUGCGAGUGAUGAGAACAACGUGGACAGCCUGGUGGCAUAUUUCCUGGAAACCGCGGCUGCCCAGGCCAAGCACUACCGCACUAAGCACAUCGUCAUGACGAUGGGCUCGGAUUUCCAGUACGAGAACGCCAACCUGUGGUACAAGAACAUGGACAAACUCAUCAAACACGUCAACGCGCAGCAACUCAACGGGAGCCAGGUUCACGUGCUCUACUCCACCCCCACCUGCUACCUGUGGGAACUCUUCAAAGCCAACCUGUCGUGGUCCCUCAAAUACGACGAUUUCUUCCCUUACGCUGACGGGCCGCACCAUUUCUGGACAGGCUACUUCACCAGCCGGCCGGCCUUCAAGCGCUACGAGCGACUGAGCAACAACUUCCUACAGGUUUGCAACCAGCUGGAAGCCUUGGCCGGUCCGGUGGCGAGGACGGGCCCCUACGGGAAAGGAGACAGCGCCGUGCUCCGCCGGGCCAUGGCAGUGGCCCAGCAUCACGACGCCGUCAGCGGGACGGAGAAGCAGCACGUGGCUAAUGACUACGCCAAGCGCCUGGCUGCCGGCUGGGACGCCUGCCAGGUCCUGGUCAGUAACGCUCUGGCCAGCAUCAGCGGCAACAAGGAGAACUUCAUCUAUUGCAACUACCUCAAUAUCAGCGUGUGCCCGCUGACCGAAUCCGCUGGCACCUUCAUGGUGAUCCUCUACAACCCGCUGGGACGGCGUGUGAGCUGGAACGUCCGGCUGCCGGUGAAGGGAGCCUCGUAUUCGGUGACAGAUCCCAACGGCCAGACGGUGCCGAAUGAGGUUGUCCCCGUCUCAAACUUCACCCGGGCGGUGAGGCGAGACCGGGGAGACGCCACCCACGAGUUGAUCUUCCCAGCCUCGGCCCCUCCCCUGGGCUACAGCGCCUACACCGUCUCGAAAACGGCCAGCGGGGACCUGCGCUCCAGGCUGGCCAAGCGGAUCCGGGAGCAGGCCCAGCCCCGGGUGGACGCCUGGUCCCCCAGGGAGAUCCAGAAUGAGCACCUCCGGGUUCUGUUCAACCCGGGCACUGGGCUCCUGAUGGAGAUUCAGAACCUGGACAAAAGCAUCUUGCUGCCUGUGUCUCAGAACUUCUUCUGGUACAACGCCAGCAUUGGCAAUGAUGACAGCGCCCAGGCCUCCGGGGCAUAUAUCUUCAGGCCCAACCGCUCCGAGCCCUUCCGUGUGGCUGGGCGAGCCCACACGUACUUGGUGAAGAACAAGCUGGUGCAGGAGGUUUACCAGAACUUCUCUUCGUGGUGCUCGCAGGUGGUGCGGCUCUAUGCUGGGCAGCCCUAUGUGGAGCUGGAGUGGACGGUGGGGCCCAUCCCUAUAGAUGACGGGCUAGGCAAGGAGAUCAUCAGCCGUUUCGAGACGUCCCUGCAGACGGACGGACGCUUCUACACGGACUCCAACGGGCGGGAGAUUCUGGAGCGGAGGCGGGAUUAUCGAGCCACGUGGAACCUGAGCCAGACAGAGCCGGUGGCUGGGAACUACUAUCCCAUCAACAGUCGCAUCUAUAUCAAGAACAAGAAGUUCCAGCUGACGGUGCUGACGGAUCGCUCGCAGGGGGGCAGCAGUGUGGCCGAUGGCUCCGUGGAGCUCAUGGUGCAUCGGCGGCUGCUCUACGAUGACAACCGCGGGGUGGGGGAACCCCUGCUGGAGCCGGGGGUCUACAACGACGGCCUGGUGGUGAGGGGCCGGCACCUCGUCUUCCUGGACACGGUGGAGUCUUCGGCUGACCGGCACCGGCUGCAGGCCCAGCAGGAGUUCAUGGCGCCCCAGCUGGUCCUGGCCCCUGGCGGGGGCCCUUCCUUCCACCGGGGGCAGCGCAGCCUCAAGCAGUUCUCUGCUCUGAAGCAAGCGCUUCCCCCCUCUAUCCAUCUCCUGACGCUGGCCCAGUGGGACCCCAGCUCCGUCCUCAUCCGCCUGGAGCACCAGUUUGAGAGAGGGGAGAGCGCCAACGGCUCCCAGCCCAUCACUGUCGACCUGCUGCACCUGUUCUCCUCCUUCACCAUCACCUCCCUGCAGGAGAUGAACCUGGUGGCCAACCAGAAGCGAGAGGCCAUGAACCGGCUCAACUGGAGGCCAGCCACAGGUGCAGCAAGGCGCCAGCCCUACCCUCAGCUUAACCCUCUGGGAGUCACGCUGCAGCCCAUGGAGAUUCGCACCUUCCUGGCCACCGUCCAGUACACGGGCCCCAGUGGGGGCCAGGCAGAGCUGUAGGGGGAGCCAGCCCCCCACCUCCGUCCCAGGAUCAAGCCGCCCAGGUGGAGCCCUGAACUGCCCCCCCCACCUCAGCCAGGUGGGGCCCUGCCCACCUGAGAACUUGACUGGUGGGAAUGAGUGGGAGCUGGGGGGGGCACAUCCUGGCUGUUGGGAGGCGUGGAAGAGACUUGCCUUGGAAAGCGACCCAGCGAGAGCCAAACUUGCACCUGUCAGGCCCUGCUUUAAGGCAGUGCCGGCUUUGGAGGAGAAGGAGGCAGAGCCGAGCCCA